UAAACUUAGGGUUUGUGCCUCUCUGCAUAAAUAAAGUUUUUUUUUUUGAAAAAUGCAUAAAGAAAGUUUGAGCAAAGAAAGACUAAAUCAUCAAAGGGAUAUGACUCAAUUCAUCUGUCUCUAGUUAUCAUCGAUCUUAUUGUUCUGUUCAUUUCAUCUCUUUUUCUUCUGAAAGUUCCUUUUUAUUUAUAUCACAGAUUUUCUUGGUUGCUUUCUGAUUCUCGAGGUCUUUGAAGCGAAUCUUGACAGAUUUAGAAAAGGGGUUUUGUUUGGUAUCUUUUUUUCCUCGAUUUUUCAUUAUUUUCCUAGGGAAGUUAUCACUUUGACUUUUGUGUGGACAUCUGAUCUUGUCUUUAGAUCUCUCACUUGUUAUAUAGACCCAAUUUCUUGGUUUUGAUUUGUAUCCAAGUGAAUUCGUUUCUUUUUUCUCUAAAGAAACUAAAUUUUUAUCCUAUAAAAUUGUUCAGAUUUAGGGUUUCAUACAGAUUCAAAAAUCAUGGCAGGAAGAUGGUGAGAGGGAAGAUCGAGAUCAAGAGAAUCGAAAACCUAACGAGCAGGCAAGUAACCUUCUCCAAGCGUAGGAAAGGUCUCCUUAAGAAGGCUCACGAGCUUUCAGUUCUAUGCGAUGCUCAAGUUGCAGCCGUUGUCUUUUCUCAGAAAGGCAAACUAUACGAAUACGGUAGCUCCGACAUGAAGAAGAUGAUGGAACGAUGUGAGAUACAUAGAAGGGAAUAUUUUCAUGCAGAGAGAUUCCAAAAAGAGCAGCAGGUGCAGGAUCUCAAGAAUGAAAUCACGAUUAUGGUGAACUCGAUUGAACUUCUUCAACGUCAUUGCCGGAGGCUGAUGGGGCAAGAUUUAGAUUCUUGUUCUUUGGAGGAGCUCAAAGAGAUAACUAUUCAAAUUGAGAAAAGCCUUACUAUUGUUAGAUCAAGGAAGGCUACGUUAAAUGAGGAAGAGGUGCGGAAACUAAAAGCAGAGAUUGCAGGAAAAAGAGAGCUGUUGAACGAGAGAACUAGGCUGCACGAAAUGUUUGAAGAAAAGCCCUUGUGGAUGCAGUCGAGGAACCUAGAGAGUGAGAAGAAUGCAUCUUCCUCUGCCAGUGAAAACAUGCACAUAUCCAAUGUCGAAACUGAUUUGUUCAUCGGAUUGCCUAGAAGCAGAGUCUAAAUGUGAAAUGAUUUCUUUGUAUUUUAAUUAACAGGUUCUUGUUUUCAUAUUUUUCAAGUAUAUACUCGAUUCUCUAUUUGCGUAAAACUAAGAAUAAAGUGAUGUAUAUAAGAUUGUUAUCUACU